UCGCAGACCAGAGCAUCGAAUAUGCGAGAAAAAUGGAAGAGAGCCACCGCCAAACAUCGACGUCGUCAAGGUUGGGGAUGAGAACUGGCCGCGGCGGCGGCGGCGGCGGUGGGGAGAUUGUGGAGGUUCAAGGUGGACACAUUGUUCGUUCCACUGGAAGGAAAGAUCGUCACAGCAAAGUUUGUACAGCUAAAGGUCCAAGAGACCGCCGUGUUCGCCUCUCUGCUCAUACCGCCAUCCAGUUCUACGACGUCCAAGACCGCCUCGGAUAUGACCGACCCAGUAAAGCUGUAGACUGGCUAAUGAAAAAGGCCAAGGCCGCCAUUGAUGAGCUCGCCGAGCUCCCUGCUUGGCAUCCGAGCACAGCAAACGCAUCCACACAGCGGCAGGAGCAGCAGAGUCUGAACGAUGUGAAUGAUAACUUACUUUCUGUCCAACGCGAUGUUCUCAAUUCAACCGGUAACCGGAGAGCGACGGUGGUGGGAAGCGACAGCAGAGUUUCGGAGUUUCCUCGGCAAAACUUGCAGCAUACCCGAAUGGGGGAAGGCCCAAAUAGCAGCACCUCGAGCUUUCUCCCACCGUCGCUGGACUCGGACUCCAUUGCCGAUACCAUCAAGUCGUUCUUCCCUAUAGGCACGGCGGCGGAGACGACUUCAUCGUCAAUUCAAUUCCAGAAUUAUCCACAAGAUUUGCUUUCCAGGACGAGUAGCCAGAACCAAGAUCUGAGGCUUUCUUUGCAGUCUUUUCAAGACCCAAUAGCUAUUCACCGGCAUCAUGCUCAGCACCAGAGUCAAGGACAUCAGAAUGAACACGUCCUAUUUUCCGGUACCUCCCCCUUGAGUGGGUUUGAUGUGACCACUGCUGGUUGGUCUGAGCACAACCUCAACCCGGGGGAGAUUAGCCGGUUCCCGAGGAUAACUUGGAACGCAUCUGGUGCAGAAACUGGUAGCGGCGGCGGCACUAGUCAUGGCGGAGCUGGGAUUAGGAGUACAGGAUAUGUCUUCAACUCGCCGCAGUUACCAACUGCGCUGUUACCUUCGCAACUUAUGCAGCCAUUAAUUGGAGAAAACCAGUUUUUUUCUCAGAGGGGACCCCUUCAGUCCAGUCACACACCUUCAAUUCGCGCUUGGAUUGACCCAUCACUUACAGCCACUGAUCAUCAACAACAUCAAAUACCACCAUCAAUCCACCAAUCUUCCUACACAGGUUUAGGAUUCGCCACCGGCGGGUUCUCCGGGUUUCACAUUCCAACGCGAAUUCAGGGUGAGGAGGAGCACGAUGGCAUUUCAGACAAGCCAUCCUCUGCUUCCUCUGAUUCUCGCCAUUGAUUUGAUCAAAAUCCCAAGAUUUUCCCUUUCACAGACGUUAUGUUGUUGCAGGUGUGCAUCAAUUACAAAGAUAAGGUUAGCAGCACCAGCGUUAAGACACCGCAUGGUACUCAAGAGGGCAGAAUUUUGGGUCGUUUUGUUUCAAGGCCUUUACCAUGGAAGUAGUGAUUCUGAGUACUUUUUCAGGUCUUAUAGUCCAUGGCUUAUUUAGCUUCUGCCAGUUGUUUGUGUUAUAUUUCAUGCUGCCAAAUAACAAUAAUAAUGAAAGAACUCUUAGGUCUAAUCUUUGACGAAUCCUUCGAUGGAACUGUCCAUCUUAUUUGUUUCUGUACCAAAACUUUCAUUGUUCUGAUUACUUCUUUUUAAUCAAUAUUUCAAUUUUAGUUUC